AUGGUUGUCUCCUCUAUGCAGCAUCACCCCCAUCACCAGCAACAGGGUCCUGUUCCUCCCCAUCUACAACACUCGAGACCCUCGAGCAUUGUGCACCAGCAUCACAACCAGGCACCUCAGCAACCGCCUCAACACCAGAGUGCCUAUUCCUCGGGUCACUCUGUCUAUCAGCAGCCGCCUCAGGCCAACAACACUCAGGAUCAUCUGCCUUACUACCCGCAUCCCAGUCCCUACAGCACCCCUGGCGCAACAAGCGGAUAUACAUCCGCAGACACCGGAGACAUGAUGGCCACGUCGAUAAGGCCUCCCUACCCGCCCAUGACCUCCUACCAUACCCCCCAGUCGAACUCGCCAGCAUCGGUCGCGUCGCCUUCGGGGCAUGAUCAGCAAAGGAGCAUCUACGGACAAGCCCCUUCGCAGCUACACCAGCAGUCCAUGUACUAUGGCGCUCCUCAGCAUCCGCAGUACUCGUCGAUGCCGGCGCAAACUGCGCCCUCGCCGUAUGCGCAACACGCCCAGCAGUCCCACCAGUCGAUAGCCUCCCAGCCCAGCAUGAUGAUGUCUCACACCGCGCCGCAGCACCAGACAAGCCACCAGGCGACGCUGAAUGCUCAGACAGGAAUGGCAACGGUCAGCCCUCGCCAGGGCAAGAUUGAGACUCAGCACGGCAUGAACCAUCAGAUGCAGAGAAACAGUGCCCCCGUACCGCUCGCUGGCGGCGCCCCGUCGACUACUCCUCAGAACGGCACGACGCCCACUGGAUCGGCAUCUGGCGUGAACCCUAACGCGGCUCCCGGCCCGAUUCCCGCAACAACACCACUCGUCGUUAGACAGGAUCAAAACGGUGUUCAGUGGAUUGCUUUCGAGUACUCUCGCGACAGGGUCAAGAUGGAAUACACAAUCCGCUGCGACGUGGAAUCGGUUAAUCAGGAUGAGCUGUCUCCCGAGUUCAAGACCGAGAACUGCGUUUAUCCUCGCGCGUGCUGCCCCAAGGAGCAGUACCGUGGCAACCGUCUGCAGUACGAGACUGAGUGCAACACAGUCGGUUGGGCGUUGGCUCAGUUGAACCCGCCCCUCAGAGGCAAGAGAGGGCUCAUUCAAAGGGCGGUGGACAGCUGGCGUAACAGCAACCAAGAUCCGCGACUCAGAUCCCGCCGCGUGCGGCGAAUGGCCAAGAUGAACCACCGCAACAAGGCCGGUUCAGCAACCCCCCAUCCUGCCCACAUGGCCGGUCCCACCGGCCCUGCUGGCAUCUCGACACCGGCAGCAAUGGGCUCCAGCGGCGCUGCCGCCAUCAACAAGCCUGGAAUUAAUAAUAUGGGUACGUCGAUGCACCAUCACCAUGCCCACGAUAAUGGAAAUGCUCAGGGAGGAGGAGACGAAGUCGGCGAUGGGGAGUACGGUGACGACCAACAGCACCACCACCACCAUCAUCACCAGGCUCCCUCCCAGGGUAGCUCUGACGAAAGACCAGCCCAGGUUUUCUCCAACCACGGCUCGUAUCCCAACGGUGCGCCAUACGGUUCGUCCGCAAUGCCUUCGAUCCACGACACCCUCAGUGGCUCUCCGCAUGCCAGCGGCACCGGUCCUGUCACCGCUCGUCGCACAACGACCCCCGGCCGCGGCACCGCCCGUGAUGAUGAGCCCGAGGAUCUCUUCCCCGACAUUCCCGAAGCAAAGAAGCGCAAGUUCAUUCUGGUCGAGGACAGCGACAGGCACAGCCGUCUCCGCGUGAGAGUUACUCUUGACGGAGUCGACACGCGCGAGAUUCCCGACAGUUUCCGCAAGGGAGCUAGCGUCUACCCUCGCUCUUACUUCCCUCGUGAGAUGCAAAGCCCACCUCCGAGUGCCACUGGCAGCAAGUUCUUUACCGAUGACUUGAGCGACGUGGAGGAUGACGGUACCACCGAUACGGAGGGCCGUCGCGCAGCAAGGGGUACCAAGCGGAGCGGCAGAGUCAUGGUCAAGGUGCCGAUGGGCGAAAGCCAGGAGGGCGAGAUCGCCAUCCCCCGGAUGAGGAGAGCGUUCCGUGGAAAGGAGGUGCGGCUCAACGACUUGGGCUAUCGCAUGGCCUGGCUCCAGAGCAGAGUUUUUGCCGGAAGGACGGUAUUCUUGCAGCGUGCUUUGGACUGCUACCGAAACAAGACCCGAACUGCCAUCGAAGGCAUGAUGCAAGACGUCAAGACGGCUGCGCCGCAUUACGAGACCCGCGUUGGAAAGCGCAAGUGGAACGAGCGCAUGCGAUACGGCGAGAAGAAGGAGGAGGAAUCUUAA